AGCGUCCAGUAGACUCCCAGUGAUCAGUGAUUGACAGGCGACACGCGCACGCUGCUCCUCUUCGUCUAACCCCGCCCCUCCUUCCAUGGGCCUAUGAGUGGCCAAGUCAACCCGCCCCCCUCCUCCCUUGCCACCCUCCCAACUUGAUGACUUCCAGAGGCGCGCCUCUCUUGGCACAGUCUUCCCGCCAAGUGAGCCCGGGUAGGGGGCUCUGGAGGGGGGGCGGCGUCGGUCGCCAUGCCCCGGCCAUGCAGGAGCGCGUACGGCGAGCACAAGCCCCCCUACUCGUACAUCAGCCUGACGGCCAUGGCCAUCCAGAGCAGCCCGGAGAAGAUGCUCCCGCUGAGCGCCAUCUACCGGUUCAUCAUGGACCACUUCCCCUUCUACCGCAGCAACACGCGGCGCUGGCAGAACUCCCUGCGCCACAACCUGUCCUUCAACGACUGCUUCGUCAAGAUGCCUCGCCGGGCCGAGCAGCCCGGCAAGGGCGGCCUGUGGGCUCUGCACCCCCUCUGCGGGGACAUGUUCCACAACGGCAGCUUCCUGCGCCGCCGGAAGCGCUUCAAGGCAGCCCAGCCCGUCGCGGCCGUGCGCGCGCAGCCGCCCUUCAGGCACCCCUUCGCCAUCGACAGCCUCAUCCGGACGCCCGUUCCGCCACCGCUGCCGCAGCGCCGCUCCAACUGGCCACCCCGCAUGCCGCACGCCACCCCCUCGACGCCCGGGAACGUCCUCCUUCCACGCACUCACAGCGGCCACGUGCUUCCUGCCGUCCCGGUGCCCGUUAAAGCGACGCACACACUGCUGCAUGUGCCCGCUUUCCUGGGGGGUGGUCCCCCGCAGCCCCCCUUCAGCCGAGGUGGCCCACCUGCGUGCACGCUGCAGGUGGACGUGCACUAGAUGACUCCUUCACUGGACGGCGGGUUGACCUCUGACCUUGCUCACUCCAACAUGAACUUUUACUUCCCUUGUGCGUGUGUGCGUGUGUGCGUGUGUGUGUGUGUGUGUGUGUGUGUGCGUGCGUGUGUGUGUGCGUGUGUGUGUGUGCGUGCGUGUGUGUGUGCGUGUGUGCUGCAAGUGUCUGCUUUGCUCCGCUGCUGUCAUGUUUCCACCAACCUUUACUCUUGUAUUCUUUGUAUUGGAUCACUUGUGUACUAAUAUUACACUUGGAAUCAUAAUGACGCUGAUAUCGUGAUAACAAUGAAU